AUGGCGCUCUUGCUUCAUGGGGAAACUCAGAAGAAACAAACCGAAAAGAAUGCUGGCAAAGGGCGUGGUGUUGAGUGUAAUCAUCGAAGAGGCCAUGUGGUUCGACUUGAUCUUGGAUAUCUUGACUUGCAAGGUACACUUGUUCCACCAUUGGCUGAAUUGCACCAUUUGAAAUAUUUGGAUCUAAGUUUCAAUAGUUUCAAUCUCACUGAAUUCCUUAAAUUCAUUACUUCUUUAACCCAUUUGAAAUAUCUGGAUCUCUCUUUCAUGAAUCUCAAAGGCAAAAUACCUUAUGAAUUGCGAGAUUUGUUCCGCUUGCAAAUAUUGGAUCUAAGUGGCAACAACUUGAGUGAUGAAUUAGAUGACUUUGUUGAAUCAUUCAGCUGGAUUGGAGAUGGACUUAAAAUGCUGCGUAUACUCAUCCUAAGAUCCAAUAUGUUUCCGGGGAGUUUGCCCUCCAAUACUUGUUAUCUUUCUCAAGCCCAAAUACUUGAUUUGUCUAUGAACAACAUCUCGGGAAGUUUACCUAAAUGCAUGAACAAUCUUUCUGCUUUGGCUAAUAAAACAAACUCUGAUGCAAAUAUCAGUUAUUCUGCUUCAGAUAAUGAGUUUCGUGAUCUUAAUGGACCGAUAACAUUUGGGUUAUUAGAUAAUUUAUUAGAAGAUAGUGCGUUACUGGUUGUGUAG